GCAACCAAACCGCCAGCGAAUCGCAGCGGAGAAGCAUCUCCGCCUGAAUGGAAUAAGACUAGCCGAGAGCCCUCACAUCGCAGAUCCCAAGGAAGGAGAUUGGGCAGCUAAGUGACCUUUGACCCAACAGCUGAUCGAAAUGGCCACGGCAAUGACGGAUCGGGAGCGGGAGGCGAUUGUCAGCAAUUUGACCAAGGAUGUGCAGUCUUUGAGGGAAAUGGUGCGGAGUCGGGAAAGCGAGCUGGUCAAGCUGCACCGGGAAAUCCACAAACUGAAGAGUGUGCUUCAGCAGACCACCAACCACCUGAACGUCACCCGGAACGAAAAGACCAAGACGAAGCUAUACUCUUUGCCGGAGCAAUGUGUCGAGAAGGAAGGCAGGGAUCGGGAUCCCCACGUCUGCAGCUCCUGUGGAAUGGUGCUGCCCACCAGUCCGGAGUUCGCCCUGGAGGCGUUGUCCCUGGGACCGCUGCCCCACUCGGGGCAACUUGCCUCAUCGCCUUCCACAUCGCCCUCCGCAUCUGCAUCCGCCUCCGCCGAAGAACCUCGACCCAAGGCAAUGCCCGCUGCCAUUAAGAAGCAAGGUGUUUCCGCCGAGAGCUGCGUGCAGUCCAUGCAACACUCCUACAGCAUACCAAUUCCAAAAUAUGACAAGGAUUUCAGUAACAAGCAGCAAAUCAAAGACGCCAUAAUGGAUAACGACUUUCUGAAGAACAUCGACGCAUCGCAGGUGCGCGAACUGGUGGACUCGAUGUACUCGAAGAGCAUCGUCGCCGGCGAGUUUGUGAUCCGCGAGGGCGAGGUGGGUGCACAUCUGUAUGUCUCGGCCGCCGGCGAGUUUGCGGUGAUGCAGCAGGGCAAAGUACUGGACAAGAUGGGCCCGGGCAAGGCGUUUGGCGAGCUGGCGAUCCUUUACAAUUGCACAAGGACGGCCUCUAUUCGAGUGCUAAGCGAGGCGGCAAGGGUUUGGGUUCUCGACCGAAGGGUCUUCCAGCAGAUCAUGAUGUGCACGGGUCUGCAGCGAAUCGAGAACAGCGUGAACUUCCUGAGAUCGGUUCCGCUGCUGAAGAACCUCAGUGAAGAGCUGCUGGCCAAGAUCGCGGAUGUUCUGGAGCUGGAGUUCUAUGCCGCUGGCACUUACAUCAUCCGCCAGGGAACCGCCGGAGACAGCUUCUUCCUGAUCUCACAGGGCAAUGUCCGUGUGACUCAGAAGCUAACGCCCUCGUCCUUGGAGGAAACGGAGCUACGAACUCUUUCCAGGGGAGACUACUUCGGAGAACAGGCGUUGAUCAACGAGGACAAGCGAACGGCCAACAUUAUAGCCCUGUCACCAGGGGUGGAGUGUCUGACUUUGGACAGGGACUCCUUCAAGCGGCUGAUUGGCGAUCUCUGCGAGCUGAAGGAGAAGGACUACGGCGAUGAGAGCCGGAUGCUGGCCAUGAAGCAGGCGAGGGAAAGCAGCCGGGAUGAGCCGAAAGAGCAGCUGCAGCAGGAGUUUCCCGACCUCAAGCUCACCGACCUCGAGGUGGUCAGCACCUUGGGCAUCGGUGGCUUUGGCCGAGUGGAGUUGGUCAAGGCCCACCAUCAAGACCGUGUGGACACCUUUGCCCUCAAAUGCCUGAAGAAGCGGCACAUUGUGGACACCAAACAGGAGGAGCACAUCUUCAGCGAAAGGCACAUAAUGCUCAGUUCGAGGUCGCCCUUUGUCUGCCGAUUGUAUCGCACUUUCCGGGACGAGAAGUACGUCUACAUGCUGCUGGAGGCCUGCAUGGGUGGCGAGAUCUGGACCAUGCUCAGGGAUCGCGGCUCCUUCGAGGACAACGCGGCGCAGUUCAUCAUUGGGUGUGUUCUGCAGGCCUUCGAGUAUCUGCACGCUCGUGGCAUCAUCUACCGAGAUCUGAAGCCCGAAAACCUGAUGCUGGAUGAGCGCGGCUACGUGAAGAUUGUGGACUUUGGCUUCGCCAAGCAGAUCGGAACGAGUACCAAAACUUGGACCUUCUGCGGCACCCCAGAGUAUGUGGCGCCCGAAAUCAUUCUGAACAAAGGUCAUGACCGAGCCGUGGACUACUGGGCAUUGGGCAUCCUCAUCCAUGAACUGCUAAACGGAACGCCGCCGUUUAGUGCUCCGGAUCCCAUGCAGACGUACAACCUCAUUCUAAAGGGCAUUGACAUGAUCGCUUUCCCCAAGCACAUGUCCCGAUGGGCUGUGCAGCUCAUCAAGCGCCUUUGCCGCGAUGUUCCCUCGGAGCGACUUGGCUACCAGACUGGAGGUAUCCAGGAUAUUAAGAAGCACAAGUGGUUCCUGGGAUUCGACUGGGACGGCUUGUCCAGUCAGCUGCUCAUCCCACCCUUCGUCCGGCCCAUUGCCCAUCCCACGGACGUGCGCUACUUCGACCGCUUCCCGUGUGAUUUAAACGAGCCGCCGGACGAGCUCUCGGGCUGGGAUGAGGAUUUCUAGGCACAUUCCCCAAAGCCCUUCGACUUAGUACUUCAUCACUCUUUAGUUUACUUUAGGAUACUUUAUUGAUUUGCGUAGAAACAUAGAAAGGAACAAGGAAAG